GAGAGAGAGGGAGAGAGAGAGACAGAGAGCUUCGUUUCAAAUGUUUUGAAGUUUGAGCUUUAAAACCAUAAACCCGAGUCAGUGAAAACGAAAUUAACCAGAAAAGAUACAUAUAUUAGUAACCCAGAACACAGUUUCUGAGAUAGAAGGAGAUGAGUAAAUGGUUGGGAUUUUCUCUGACUCCACACCUGAGAAUCGAUCAAGGGUUUGGUAGAGAUGAACAAGGAGGUUUCUCUUCUGUUAUGCCUUUGCGCUCUGAUGGUUCUCUCUGUGUUGUUGAUCCUUUUAGACGUUCCUCUAAUGCUUCUCAAGAUUGGAGAUAUGAAAACUCCAUUGAUGGGACUAGUGCAAGUGAGGAGGGUCCAAAGCUUGAGGACUUCUUAGGUUGUUACUCAAACUCCCCUUCUGAUGAGACCAAAUUUUACUGCCAGGAAGACCAUACCCAAAACCAAAGUAAUGGAAUCAAUGUUAAUGUAGUACCAAGCAUCAACAACAAUGGAGAUAUAGACACUAGAGACAAUCUCACAAACCCACCUCAUUUAAUCCAAUCUUAUCAUCAUUACAAUGAAAACCCACAUAUCCUAAUCCCUAGUGACAACCUCCAACACUGCGAUCCAAACCCUAGCCAUAGCCAUAACAAUAGGAUGUAUAGUUUACCGUUCGAGAGUGGUAGUUCAGUUUCUGGGUUCAAGUCUUGGCUAAGGCAGACACCAUAUUCUGGCGAUAAAUCUUCAAGUGAAGCAAACAAUUGCAAUUUUCAGCCAUUAUCACUCACAAUGAGUCCGAGUUCUCAGAAUGAAUUGGCUGCAGUUUCUCCAGUGCAAGCGGUUGACAAUCGUAAAAGGCCUAUUGGAAAGUCUGUUGCAAGAGAGCCAAUCCCUCGUAAAUCCAUUGACACUUUCGGACAAAGAACUUCACAAUAUAGAGGCGUCACGAGGCAUAGAUGGACUGGAAGAUACGAGGCUCAUUUGUGGGACAAUAGCUGCAGAAAAGAAGGACAAACAAGGAAAGGAAGGCAAGUUUACCUUGGUGGUUAUGAUAAAGAAGAAAAAGCAGCAAGAGCUUAUGAUUUAGCUGCCUUGAAGUAUUGGGGACCAACAACUCAUAUAAAUUUCCCUUUAAGCACUUAUGAGAAAGAACUUGAAGAGAUGAAGCACAUGACCAGGCAAGAAUUUGUAGCCAAUUUGAGAAGGAAAAGUAGUGGGUUUUCAAGAGGAGCUUCUGUGUAUAGAGGAGUGACAAGGCACCAUCAACAUGGAAGAUGGCAAGCUAGAAUUGGGAGGGUUGCUGGGAACAAGGACUUGUACCUCGGAACUUUUAGCACGCAAGAAGAAGCUGCUGAGGCCUAUGAUAUUGCAGCGAUUAAAUUUAGAGGUACAAGUGCUGUUACCAAUUUUGAUAUAAGUAGAUAUGAUGUGAAGAGAAUUUGCUCAAGCUCUACACUCAUUGCUGGUGACCUUGCCAAACGAUCACCAAAAGACUUGGCCCCAUCGACGCUUGAGGACAAUAAUUCUUGUGCUUCAUCAACAUCUCCUCAACGCCUUCUUGCCAUGGCAAAUUGUGAAGCCUCUGAUGAAUUGGCUGAUACAAUGUGGAAUUCAAAUUCGGACGAACAUCAACAGCGACCAAGUGCUAGUAAUGCCAACAAUCCAGUGAGUUCAAAAUGUUCGGUUGGCUUAGCCGGCGAAUUCAGCACAGGUGUUGGAGAUUACACUCAAGGUUUCUCCUCGUUGGAAGGCUCAAAGUAUGAAGAUGGUAACAAUGGAAGUAAUGAUAGGAUUAGUGGUUUAGGAUUAGUUCAUCCAGUCCCCAUGUUUGCAUUGUGGAAUGAGUAGGGAUGAGCAUUUCACAGAUUAUUUGUCUUCGACUUUUAGAUUUGAGAGUUCAAGUUAUUAGAAACUGUAGGGAAAAAGAAAAUUUGGUAGAUAUAGAAGGGUACGUAGCAAAUGUCGCAAGAACUUGAAUUUCAGGAUUACGAGAUUAAGGUUUUUUUAGGAGGAUUCAUGAAAAUGAAAAGUAGUAAAAUGAAACGAA